AAAAUAUCUCAUAGGCAAGUGGUAAAAAUAUUUACAUUUGUGAGAGAGGAAUAAAGGUUAACACAAAACCGAGAGGAGGGAAACACGAUUGAAGAAGAAAAUCAAGUUUCUUUGCCUCCCAUUCAUCUUAAACCCUAAUUCUCUUUUGCAACUAUGAGUUACCCUAAUUACGACUCCAGAUACGGUGACUCAGGCUCCUACCGACAGCGUCGCAGUGACCUAAUGGGUCCACAACCUUCCAUGUAUCCACGGCCUGUACCUGGUGGUGGUGCUGCUAGCUACGGUCGUGGUGGGCCCCCUGCUUAUGGUGGUGGCCCACCGCCUAUGGGUGGAUCCGGCCGCGGUGGCGGCGGUUAUCCACCUUUUGAAGGUGGGUAUUCGAGAGGGUCGGAUAUGGGCCGGGCGGGGGGCGGGGGCUAUGGAGGUGACAGAGUGGCUAAUGGUGGGCCCGGGCGAUAUGGUGGUGGGUCGAGCCAUAGUGGAAGUAGGAGUGGUGGUGGCAGAGGUGGGGGUAGGGGCUAUGAUGGAGGGUAUAGCGGUGGGCGUGGAGGUGGAAGGUUUAGUUCGGAUAGCGGUGGGAGAGGAGGAGGUAGACAUGGGAGAUCACGAGAUGAUCUAGACAACCUUACCCUUCCGAAGCAAGACUUUGGAAAUUUGGUACCCUUUGAGAAGAAUUUUUAUAUUGAACAUCACUCUGUGAGGGCAAUGACGGAACAGGAGGUCGUUCAUUAUCGUGCACGGCGUGAUAUUACCAUUGAAGGCAAUGAUGUCCCUAGGCCAAUUCAGAUGUUCCACGAGGCGAACUUUCCUGAUUAUUGCCUCGAGGUUAUUUCAAGACUAGGAUUUGUUGAGCCAACACCUAUCCAAUCACAAGGAUGGCCAAUGGCUUUAAAGGGCAGAGACUUAAUAGGAAUUGCUGAAACUGGUUCUGGGAAGACUUUGGCAUAUUUAUUGCCGGCUUUGGUUCAUGUCAGCGCACAACCCCGGUUGGCACAUGGUGAUGGUCCAAUCGUGCUAGUGUUAGCACCUACAAGAGAAUUAGCUGUUCAGAUUCAAGAAGAAGCUGGCAAAUUUGGAUCGUGUGCCAACAUAAGAAGUACUUGCAUAUAUGGUGGUGCCCCAAAAGGACCUCAAAUCCGUGAUCUUAAAAGAGGAGUUGAAAUUGUAAUAGCAACCCCUGGUCGGUUAAUAGAUAUGCUGGAAGCUCAACAUACAAACUUGAAAAGAGUGACUUAUCUCGUUUUGGACGAGGCUGAUCGAAUGCUGGAUAUGGGGUUUGAGCCUCAAAUAAGGAAAUUAAUUUCCCAGAUUAGACCAGAUAGACAAACCUUGUAUUGGAGUGCCACUUGGCCUAAGGAAGUUGAAUCCUUGGCUAGACAGUUUCUACGUAAUCCCUAUAAGGUCAUCAUUGGAUCUCCAGAGUUGAAAGCAAAUCAAUCUAUAAGGCAAGUCAUUGAAAUAGUCACAGAUUUAGAAAAGUAUAGCAGGUUGAUUGGGCUUUUGAAAGAAGUGAUGGAUGGAAGCAGAAUCCUAAUAUUUGUAGAAACAAAGAAAGGAUGUGAUCAAGUCACGAGACAGUUGAGAAUGGAUGGAUGGCCAGCAUUAUCCAUCCAUGGUGAUAAAAGCCAGGAUGAGAGGGAUUGGGUCCUGGCUGAUUUCAAAAGUGGCAGAAGUCCCAUAAUGAUUGCCACUGAUGUUGCUGCACGUGGUCUUGAUGUUAAGGACAUAAAGUGUGUUAUCAACUAUGAUUUCCCUUCAAGCCUCGAGGAUUAUAUUCAUAGGAUUGGGAGAACUGGACGUGCAGGUGCAACUGGAACUGCCUUUACAUUUUUCACCCAUGCAAAUGCCAAAUUUACCAGAGAACUUAUUAAGAUCCUGCAGCAGGCAGGACAAAUUGUUCCUCCUCAACUUUCUGCUCUAGCAAGGUCCGCUGGUCCUAGCUCUGGAGGGAGCAAUUUCAGGUCUAGAGGACGAGGUGGCUUUGGGAACCGGGGACAGAAAUCUGGAUCUAACGUAAUUCCUCUCGGUAGAAGGCCUUGGUAGUUACUGUGCCUAUUCCAGAAGAGGGGAUGCUAUAUACAUACAGGAUAUGUAUACUAGACAUAAUUUUGGGGUUUCUGUGUUCUGUUCCGCUUCCAGUGAAAAAAUGUUUAUUUUUCUUGCUAGCGGAUUGAAUUUAGUAUUGGUCGAAUUGGUUCGUUAUGUUAGCAUGUAUUAGGAGUUUGGAUAUGCAGAUGGAGUGUAGCAUAGUUUGUGCAGGAAGAGUAAUGUUAUGCUGUCUGGUGCUACAUUUAUACCCUUUAAAUUCAUUGAGCAAGAAGUGACGGGUUAAGUAGCUUUUAAA